UGACAAAUGUCUGGGGGCGCGACUGAUCCCUAGUAAUACCUACUUUCACUUUUACUUCGACGUUUGGUUGACCAACUUUCGUUUCUGACACCCCUGCUGUGAAUUGGCUGUAUUCUAGGCAAACAAAAUAUAAUUAAUUCUUUGGUAAAUUGCUACAGCAUCUUCACUUCAGAACGUGCUGCUUCGCUGCUCUUGGGCCAAGAAAAUAUAAAAUUCAGUCUCCUACCUGCAGGAUUCCAUAUUCCAUUCCAAACGUUUCUGUGUGUCAUCAUGAGUGCAGUCACCUCCAGACUAUCCGAGGACCAGGAAAAGCAGCUGUUGUCUCUGUUUGGCCAGGCCAGGCUCUGUCUGCUCUACAAAGCCAGUGUCCAUGACUACACUGCUGUUGACUUCCACGCUCGUUGUGAUCGCCAGGGACCUACCGUAACUGUGGCCUACAACCAAUCUGGGUUCAUUUUUGGGGCAUAUGUCUCCAAGGAUUAUACUAUAACUACCCAAGACAUCAACGAUGAUAAAGCCUUUCUCUUCAGCAUCCACAAUGACAGAGAGAAGCCAGUGAGGGUGUCAAGCACCAACGGCCUGUAUGGUUUUACCAACGGAGACACCGGUCCUAAUUAUGGUGCAUUGGUGUUCCUGCAUGAUAAUGUAGCUAAAGCCCAAUCUCAACCUGGAACUCAAUACAACUUUGAUCCUGCACUGAUGCAUGGGAAUGACCUCGAGCUGGCAGAGUUUGAGGUAUACAGAGUAGAAGACUGUGGAGGCUUCCUGGAGAAACCUUGGAGAGAAAUACCCUGGAACAGUGAGGGGAAAUGUAAGGAGCUAAAGGAGUAUGUGCAGAGUUCCAGACCUCUCAUCAACUCUGUGGAGAAGGCCAAGAUUCUGCUGGUGGGGCAGGUCGGAUCUGGCAAGUCCAGCUUCUUCAACUCCAUCAACUCCGUCUUCAGAGGAAAUGUGACUGGGCAAGCAAUCACUGGCAUUGCAGGCACCAGUCUGUCUACCCAGUUCCGUACAUACAACAUCAAGGCUGGCAGAGGGGGAAAGCCUCUCCCUGUGGUGUUGUGUGACACCAUGGGAUUGGAGGAGGGGCUGAAUGCUGGCCUGGAUGUGGAUGACAUCCCCACCAUUCUGAAGGGCAAUGUCCCGGACAGGUACCAGUUCAACCCCAUGGUCCCUCUGCAGUCAGACGACUCUGCAUUCUAUAAGUCCCCGGGACUGAAGGACCGGAUCCACUGCGUGGUUUACGUAAUGGACGCCUGCAAAGUGAAACUGCUCUCCCCCAAGUUGUUGGAGAAAUUAACUGCAAUCCGCAAGAAAGUUAAUCAUAUUGGUGUGCCACAGCUGGUGCUCCUAACCAAGGUGGAUGAGGCUUGCCCCUUGGUGAACAAUGACCUGACCAAAGUCUAUUACAGCCAUUACAUAAGAAAAAUUAUGUCUGAGGUCAGUGUAUGUCUGGGUGUGCCCGAAGCCUCUGUUCUCCCAGUGAAGAACUACAGUCGGGAAGUGGAUCUGGACCUGAACAUGGACAUCCUGCUGCUGAGUGCUCUGGUCCACAUGAUGCGCUUCACAGACAACUACUUUGAUGAUGUGUCUGAGGAGGGUCUGGAGAAAGGGGACUAGGAAGCCAUGUAGCCAUAAUAACCAGUCAAUCAUGUUGAGACUGUAGCCAACAGCACAUUGAUCAGUGUACUUGCACACAAAUAUUUUAGUUUGUAAUGGGAAAACAACCAUAUCAUUCUGCUCAUCUGUCUGUCUGUUUCAUUGCCUUUGUUUACAUAAUGCUCUUUGGUGGAGUGUUUGAAUAAACUAAUAUUCAUGUUUAAAAAUAAUACUCAUUUUGCAUGUCAUCAUCUGAAAUAUAUAAUGUUAAAUUUAAUUUUAUGUUUUUGUCCACACAAGACAUUUCCCAAUCUAAAAUAUGCUCACAAACAUUACUGCUAAUUUCUAAACAAUUAAUGAAAGAGACCCUGUGAUGAA